UCCGCAGACUGUCUUCCGCCUCCAGUCCUUUCUUCCGCCUCCAGUCCUUGCUUCCGCGGCGUUCGCUAAACGCUACUCCGCUGAGCGCGCCGCUCUGCCUUUCGGGACUUGUGGUUCGGAGUCGCGCAUGCGCCUAGGCUAGUCGAGAAAAUGGGGGAGGUUCUUAGUUCACACUGGCCUGGGGAUUGGGGUGGUUCCAUUUCUCCCAGACUGUUAGAAUGUAAGCUCCUUGAGGGCAGAGUUGUGAUCCUGAGUCUCAGAGUGCUGAGCCGGGUCACAAGUCCGCUGAAUCUUUUCCGGAUUACUCUGACUCCGCCCCUCUUAUUCAAGUUCCGCCCUAGGGGAACAACAACCAGAAGAGCCCCGGGGCCCAACGUUCCCGGAAGCGGCCCUGGGAACCACGAGGCACGGGCCGAGUUCUCACCCGCACUGUUUUCUCCUGAGCGCCGGAACCGGAAGCGACUCUCCCCUCAUACUGGCAGCAGCCGCCACCAUGCUCCGCCUCCUCCGUGCCUGCUGUCGGGCGCCUUCACAGAUCCUGAAGACUUCUCCAUCUGUGGCACGGGUUUCUGGGAGGCAGAAGGCAGGCACUCCUUGUAUCCCCCCUUUUUUCUUGAGACCUUGGCUCCUCCCGUCCAGUCCAGGGUCUGAGGAUGGGGGUAAAGAAUAUCACACAUCUUCCUGCUGCUUCAAGAAGAAGGUCCCGGUGGUUCCCACGAGGCCACCACCCACUCUCACCUACCUGCCUGACACCCCAAAGCCAGCCCUCUAUGUUGCUUUGACUGGAUUGGUCCCCUUUGUGGCCCCACCCCUGAUCAUGAUGAUGACCAAGACCUAUGUACCAGUACUGGCAUUUACUCAGAUGGCUUAUGGAGCCAGCUUCCUGUCUUUCCUGGGAGGGGUCAGGUGGGGGUUCACUCUGCCAGAAGACAGUCCAGCCAAGCCGGAUAUCAUGAAUUUAGCCUGCAGCGGGGCCCCACUGGUGUUUUCCUGGUAUGCCUUCCUUAUUUCUGAGGGACUCACUGAAGCCAUCAUCAUGGUGGUCAUGGGCUUUGCGGUGGCAUUACACAAUGAAGUUUUCCUCCUGCCCCAUUAUCCUAACUGGUUCAAAGCCUUGAGAAUAGUAGUGACUCUCGUGGCAUUUUUUUCAUUUGUAGCCACUUUGAUAAUCAAAGAUUUUUAUCCAGAAACUGGCCCUAAACGGCCUGGUCAGGCUGAGUGAAGCUCACACUCCUGGCCCAUUGUGAGCAGGCAGGCUAUUAAGAUCCUCCUUCUUGUUUUUUCUUUGUAAUUCCUGCAUCUGGUGACUGUCCCUCUCUGGAAAUCUUGUCCUUUCAUUAGUUGCCUGAGGCUGUAGCCCACAGUACUGGCACGUGUGUGCGUAGACUGGUGCUCACAAGUUUAUUUCUGCUGUUUAUAAGUAAAUUGUAAAGAGUUUUUAAAAGAUCAAAUAAAGACCACAAAGCAUCCUUUGGCUAGGGCGUUUUGGCUCCUUGGAGGGAACACCCUGGUUACUUGUUAGCAUCUGAGACCUGUGUUUCUGUAGGAUGCUCUUGGGAA